AUUAUUUAUUUUCGUUCUCACACAGUUGCAACCCAGACGUUUGUAAAUUCAACGUUGCCGAGUUGGAUUUUAAAAAUAAAUUAGCGCAAAUAAAUUUCGCGCCCAUUUUAACCGCGCAUGCGUGUUGUUUUUACAAAAGUCAUCGACACGUUGUAUACUACACGGCGUUAAGAUAAAUGCCAAAAAAAACUGCUAAUACGUAAAUAAUAAAACGAAACAUGUUAGUAAACAAUUAAAAGAAAAAAAGGUGUUCAUUUAAAGGCUGAUUUUUCAUCAAGUUUCACUCAUAAUGGUUAAACAAUAUUCAGUUAUCGGUUUAGAUGCAAUCUUGACGGAAUUGGGAUCAUUCGGAAGAUACAAUUUAGUGAAUUAUGCUUUUCUUUUAUUCCCGGUAUUUUUGGCUGGAAUAUAUGGAUCUGUUUAUGUCUUUGAAGCACCCGAUAUAAGUUACAGAUGUCAAAUCAACGAAUGUGAAAAUAAAGGAAAUGAUACAUCAUGGCUUGCGUACGCCAUACCGAAAGUGAAGGAUGAAUAUUCGAAGUGCGAAAGAUACCCAUUACGUGACAAUGUAACGUGGAGUAACGCGACGUGUACGGACAGUGUAUUCGAUGCCUCGAAAACAGAAGAGUGCUCUUCGUACAUUUAUAGCGACGAAGAUUCGGUCGUGAAAGAUUUUAACUUAGGUUGUCAAAAUUGGAAAAGGGCGUUAGUAGGCACGAUUCACAAUGUUGCACUAUUUGUCUCUUUGCCUCUAACCGGUAUAGUAUCAGAUCGAUAUGGUAGAAAGUUGGCGUUAGCCGUAGCAUCACUUUUUAAUGGCCUCAUGGGACUAUUCAGAUCAUUUUCAUCGAACUACGAGAUGCUUUUGGUGUUUGAAUUUCUAGAACCAGCUUUAGGAGCUGGCGCGUAUAGUACUGCCUUUGUAUUAGCUAUGGAACUGGUCGGCCCUAAAGGCAGAGUAUUUGGAAAUACACUGAUAAAUAUAGUUUAUGUUUUUGGCCUUAUAACCUUAGCUGCUCUGGCCUGGUGGUUACAGAACUGGCGACAUUUACUUCAAGUCAUUUACACACCAGCUCUACUAAUUUUCUCAUACCUCUGGAUUCUGAACGAAAGCGUCCGAUGGUUACUCAGCAAAGGCAAAAAUGAGAAAGCCGUUGAAAUUCUGAAUAAAGCAGCUAAAAUGAACAAAGUGGUAUUAUCUGAAGAACUUCUAGCACCAAUAUAUGAGCUUGAGAAGAUUCCAGCGUAUCACGAUAAUGAAAAAGAAAGUUUAAGUCAUACUAAUAAGAAAGAUGUGCAAUCAUCAAUUUUGACGCAAGUGAUUAAAUCGAGUAUUAUAAGGAAAAGACUUGCUGUGUGUUCGUUUCUGUGGAUAACGUGCACGUUUGUUUAUUAUGGACUUUCAAUUAAUUCAGUGUCGCUAGCUGGUAACAAAUACGUUAACUUCAUGCUGGUAGCUUUUGUUGAGAUACCAGCAAAUUUUGUAUGCCUAUUAGUGUUAGAUAGAUAUGGAAGAAAAAAAACAUUGAUAUUAACUUAUGUGCUCAGCGCUUGCCUUUGCAUCAGUUUAUCAUUUUUGCCUAAAGAUCAAAAAUGGUGGUCGCUAAUCCUGUACCUCGCGGGCAAGUUUUCUAUAACGGUGUCGUACAGUUCUGUCUACGUUUACGUAUCGGAGGUGUUCCCGACCAGUGUGAGACAGUCAUUAUUAGCAAUUUGCUCAUCGACGGGAAGAAUUGGUUCAGCUUUGGCGCCACAGACGCCGCUUCUGGCACAGUACUAUGACAACUUGCCAUCGAUAUUCUUCGGGAGCAUUUCAUUAGUGGCCAGUAUUUUAGUGUUCACCCUACCAGAGACAAUUAACGUACCUUUACCUGACACCAUAGAGGAAGCAGAACUAUUAUCAAGAAAAAAGGAACUGAAGAAUCCUUAGAAGAACCAACCAUAAAAUAGGAUGGAUCUUAUAUUUUAAAAACUCUCCAGUACAAAAAUUUGUCAAUGAAUUUCCAAAACUAUGGGUGAUAUAUUUUUAAAGAUGUUUCUAAAAUGUAUUAUGCCAGUAAAUACUGUAAUAUAAAAAGAUCUAGUAGCAAAUACGUUUGAAAAAAAACAAUUUCCUUCAAUCUGCUUUAAUUUUCAGUGCAAAAUAUAAUCGUAGUCAUUUUUUUUUUGCAUUUAUUAAAGUGCUAUGCUGCUAAAUUCACAAAAGUGCUAAAUAACUAUCAUACUUGUGAAAAUAGAAGUGUAGAUCCUGGCAUAGAAUGGGCCACCACUUCCUUUCCCGUGAGUGUCGUAAGAGGCGACUAAGGGAACUUAAUAAUCGAGAAAUAAAAAAAAGCCUAACUGCGGUUGCCAACCCGUCUACCAAGGGUGACAUCUAUUGGCAACAUCCCAAGAGGAGGCCUGUUUCAGCAGUGGAGAGUUAACGCCUGAAAUGAUGAUGAAGGGAGAGUUGAUAAUUUUGUUAUUUUGCUUUAAAAUUCAUACACCUGGAUUGUACAAUUUAUUGAGAUUAAUUUAAAAAUAAAAAUUGUAGGUAUGAUUUUUAUUUUACACUUUAUUUACACAACACGACACAUGAUGUGAAAUGAAAAUCGUAAAAAAUAACCGAAAACACAUUUAGCACAAAAUAUCUACUUUAUAAAUAUUUUUUCUCAAUUUUCCUAUAAUUCUUAAUUUUUUCUUAUUUAUUUCAGAUACUGUUUUUUCUAUAUCAUGAAGGUAGCAAACAAGCAUACAGCCCGUCUGAUGGUAAACGGUCACUGUAGCCAAUGGACGCCUGCAAUACUAGGGGUGUCACACACAUGUUGCCAACCCUGAAGAAACCUUAGUACACCUUUUUUGAAAAACAAAAAAAAAAUUGUGCAAUUAUUUGACUCAAAACGGUACAUCUCUUUUCUAUAUCUACUUAUAUUUUAUACACAGUAAUCGAUUAAAGGCAGUAUUUCAAGAGUAUGUAUCAAAAUAAAAUAAAAUUAAUUACAUUUUGUGAUGCAUGUAUAUUAUGUCUAAAUCUACUUUUACAAGCUGUGCUGAAGUCUAUUUGUCUAUUUUUUCUGUCUUUUUUUUUUUUGUAAAUUAAAAGUAACCAUAUUUUAUAGUAAACCUGGCCAUAUUAAUAUAAUUUGAUCAUUCCAAUUUUUAUUAAUUAAGUAAGAAUUGUUUUUAGACAUAGUUAUUUGGAUAAGUUAUGUUUUAUAAAUGUUAUUUUACAUAAGUAUGUAGAUGUAAUAUUUUUUGUUAAUAUUAAUUAAUAUUUUUAAGUUAUAUUUUGUUCAUAUUCGCUCAAACUUACCGAAUUUGUUCUAAAUAGUGAUUAAUUUCAUCAUUUGGUCUUAUUACAAGAUAUACAUAACUACGAAACUGGUAAAUUUUUUACUUAAUAAAACAAAAAGGAUAUGCAAUUUCAGAAAUGAAAUAAUUACCAAAGUAAAUAUCCAUACUUUAUUUUAAUGUAAAAAUACAUUUCUUUUAUUGUUUUUUUUUAGAAUAAUAUUAUUUAGGGUAAUUACAAAUUACUCUUUGGAUAAAUAGAAGUAUUUUAUGAGUACAUUGGUUUGGUACAUAUAAAAAAAUCCAAGUAUUACACUUCCAUACAAUAGGUAUAAUUAAAAUUAUACUAAAAUUAAUUAAAGAAAUAAACACUUCUCAUACAACAAGGGAAGAAUAAAAUGUAAUACUUAAUGAAUUUCCAUAAUGAGCAAUUUUUUUUUUUUAUUUUAUAACAAUAUUUACGAUGGUUUGAAUACAAACGUCGUUUUAUUAGAAAUGGAUUCAAUAUGCUCAAAAAAAGUGUUAUAUUUUCAAUGCCUUUUUUAGUCUGUUGUUAUGUUUUACAUUUUUAUAUCAAUAUUUCUUUUUUCGUCAAAAGAACUUGUAUCCAAUGCCUUGUAGAAUUAUUGUAUUAUAUAUUUAUUGCUAAAUUAUGCUUUGCGAUGGCGAAAAAUUCUUUUAAUGUCCUUUCUUUUAUAUAAUUAAAAUAGUGUUAAUUUUUAAAGAUAGAUAAUAAGUACGCUGUGUUCUUAUCAUUGCCAAAUAUUACGUGUAUGCCAAAUUAUUAACUCGCCAAACGCUAUUAAACUUAAAGGCUUCCAUACAAAUAUACAAAUCACUUUCAUAUAAUAUUUGUUAGAAUUUUAUUCAUGUUACGUAAAAAAUUUGCCAUACACACUAAGUUGUUUUCUUUUACAGUACUUUUUAUUAUACUUUAACUUAUUUACUAGUUCACUUUACUUCCAAUCCACGAGACCCUUUCUUCAGGAUUUUACUGACCCCAACUAGUACUAAUUACUGGCCAAAUUGGCAGGCAGAAACCAGGUCCGUAGUUGGGCAGCAAUUUUGCCUGUCGAAUUACGACAACUGAAUUUAGGGUUUCUAUUAGUUUAUAUAGGUAUAAAACUGCUAAUUUGAAUUUAAAUAAGUGAUACUGCAAUUGGGUAAUAAUAUGCUAGGGUUUUUUUUAUACAACUUAGAAUGGCAAACAAGCUGACGGCCCACCUGAUGGAAAGUGGCCGCCGCGUAUAGACAUAACAUAGUACCAUGGACAUAACAUAGUAUACUGUUUCGCCCAUGAUACCCCCCAUGCGUUGCCAUUCCUGAGGACUCAGAUGUUAUUCCUCUAUACCCUGUAACUUCACGCCAUAUCCCACCCUUCAAACCGAAACACAGCCAUGCAAACACAACUGCUUCACGGUAGAAACACGAAUGCGACAGAGGUACCCAAGCAAUCGACUUUUGUACAAAGUCUCCCUCUGGUUGUAACAGUUUGUGUAAAAUUUUAUAUAAAAUAACCAGUCUUUCAUUAUGUAACUAUUAAAACGCAUUUUAUGUAUAUAACUGUGCCAACUACUCUGUGUGUUGUAUUUUUUUUUUUGCAACAUGAAUGAAUUUUAUUAAAAUGAUUUUGAUAUCGAUUUUAGAA